AUGGCUCACCAAAUCGAAACACCGGCCAGAGCACCUGCUCUAAUCCACGAUACUGAUACUUAUUGUCUUCGUAUAGAGGACUUGCCCGUUCCGGGGGCCAAUAGCUCCGAGGAGCACCUUGUUCUUGUUAAGGCGGUUGCUUUGACUAAUGGAGAACUGAGGUGGCCUGAGCCUGUUUCAUGUUCACCUGCAAUCCCUGGCUAUGAGGUUUCAGGAUCUGUUAUAUCCGCUCCAGCGGGAUCUCCUUUUCCCGUUGGCUCUGAGGUUUACGCCAGAACAUCUUUUGACCGUCAGGGGAAUGCCCGCCAAUACUCCCUUGCGUUAACUCGCGAACUUGGACAUAAGCCAAAGAAUAUCUCCUGGUCCCAGGCCGCCACCGUCCCUCUAUCGGCUUUAACUGCUUGGCAAGCCCUUUUCGUGCAUGGCGGUUUUGCAUUACCAGGAGGAGAUACAGCAAAAAAUGCCACCAAACGGAUUCUUAUCACUGCUGCUUCUGGAGGAGUCGGGAUUUGGGCGAUCCAGCUGGCACGACUAGCGGGUAUUGGAGAAAUUAUUGGCACGUGCGGGCCAGCGAAUCUCGAAUUUGUCAAGUCUUUGGGUGCUCACGAGGCUGUGGAUUACAGGAAACAUAAAGAUCUGUCGGUCUGGGUCGACAGCAGGGGUUGUGACAAGUUUGACGUGGUGAUAGAUGGUGUUGGCGAAGCCGGUCUGGAGCAAGCAUUGAUGUGCGUCAAGGAACGUGGUCUCCUCAUCAGCAUUGUUACACCACCGCAUACCAAAAAGCCCCACCCUGGCGUUGAAAAGGAAGUUAAUGGACUUUUCUUCAUCGUGGAAGCGGAUAGUUCACAAUUGAGAGAGAUCUCUGGGCUACUCGAGAGGGGCGAAUGCAGGGCAGUCGUGGAUAGUGAGUACAGACUCGAAGAUUACAUGAAGGCUUUCGAGAAGUUGCAAGGUGGUCAUCUGACAGGGAAAGUCGUGUUAAAUUUGUGA